CACGUUCACCCGACAAACCAGCCGCUUCGAGUUUACGCGCUCUCGUUACGACAGUCUCAUACUCGCAACGACGCCGGGCGUGAAGUGAAUUUUAUUAUGGGAUUUAUAAUUUCAAUUGACAUCAGUAUCAUUUUACUAGCCAAUCUUCCAUGAGCGAAUCGUGGCAAUUUUUUCUUUCAGAAUUAUCGUAAAAAGUCCACGACGCUCCGAAGUGAAAUGUAAUGGCCCAGAAAGUAACUGGAAUUAUCAGUCAAAUGUAUCGAAAUCAUUAUAAUCCACGCGAUUGACUCGGAUCGUGAAAUUCAAUCGGACGGCAAUUAAUAACCCGUGAAAGAGCAGAGGGGGGAAGCGGGUAGAGGUUUCGGAGUGGGGGAGAAAGGACUGGAAGGAGAAAAAAAAACGAAACGGCGGGACUUGAUUAAUUAAACGAAAAUGAGAGUUCCGCUUGUAUUUUUGGGGGGAAUUGUGGUAUUGUCGGUCGCGGUCGCAAGAGCAUUGUCCUGUGUGUGCUCGCCAUUGGAAUGUGAUCUUCUUACCGACGAGGACUGUCCUGGCGGUCUGACCUGGGAUCCCUGCAAGUGUUGCAAAGUGUGCGCGCGUGUCGAAGGCGAACCCUGCGGCGGCCUUUUUGGCUUUUCCGGAAGUUGCGCAGUCGGCCUGCAGUGCGUGAUCAGGAACUUGCUGGACCACGCACGGGAAGUCGACGAAGGCACUUGCACGAAGAUCCCCGGUAGGUGGAGGAGGCACUGUCCGCACGGACCGAAGCUGUCCGACCCUGGCUGCAACCUGGUGGACGAGGGCGUGACAACGGGAACCGGAAGUGCAGCUGGAGCCGGAAAGUGUGUCUGCGGACCGUCUGUACUCUGGUGUCCUGACGAACCCCAACCCUACACCUACAGGACGCGUCACGAGUGCAAGCUCAAUUUGGCAGCGAAAGCUGCUUAUGACGAUCUCUUCAAUUCACCCGAAAAUUCGGCAGUUAACGGUGGAUAUGGAACCGCCGUGUGCCCAGAGGACAGCGUGACUUCCGAAGACGGGGGAUGUAAAUGCGUCUCACCCUGUCCGCCCUACGAAUGCGGACCUGGACAACGGCCAGUCCAAGUACGAGCCGCAUCACCAGAAAUUCCUGGCAGCUGCUGUCCACUCUACAACUGCAAGCCCUCAGAAUCCGUAUCGUACGUGGACGUUGACGAGGAUCACGUAAACGGGACAUGCAGAGACAGCAGAGGCCAGCCACGAGCAUCCGGUGAACGCUGGAAGGAAAACUCCUGCACCAGCUGUAUCUGCGAGGAAGGCAACCCGUCCUGUCAGACGACGAUGUGCAAGAGCUGCGAGAACGUCGUGCCCGCGGCACCUGGGGAAUGCUGUGGUCACUGUCCCGUGCCCGUCCUGCGCGGGAGAUGCGAACCUCUGAGGGACUGCGAACUACACUGCGACAACGGCUACGUCAAAGACGCUAACAGCUGUCCCACUUGCAAUUGCAGCAACGAAAGGACUGGACCAGACAGUACGAGCACUCAGGAUAAAGUUUGCCCGAACCUCUCGCACUGCGAACUUGACUGCGAGCUCAAACACGACGAGGGCGGAUGCCCUGUUUGCGCUUGCCGAGACUCUUCUGCGGAUGACAUUGUUCCUGGGAACGUCGACGAGACUGGAGGGAAGACAGUAUGUCCGGCAUUGAAUUGCGAUCAUUGCGAGUAUGGAUAUAUAGUCGAUGAGAAUGGCUGCACUCUCUGCGAGUGCAAAGUUCAGCCUGGAUGCACUCCCGUUAAGGAUUGCAAAAAGAAAUGUCCUUUUGGGUACAGAACGAAUAAACGUGGCUGUCAGACAUGCCGCUGCCAAGCGACCUGCGUGGAUCAUCUGAACGAGACGCGUCCUGAGGGUUCCUCUUGGAAUCCGAAUUCCUGCACGACAUGCACCUGCGACACGAAUGGAAGACUCAGUUGCAAGGAGACCGUGUGCUCAGUGGCCUGCAGCAAUCCUCUACCGCCUGAACCCGGUGCUUGCUGUCCAGUUUGUCCCAUUACGGUUCCUGAUAAAAACGAUGGAUCUCAUCCAACCUCGAGACACUGGCAAGCGGUCCUGAUAACAAUCAGCGUCGUCCUGGCGGUUCUCUGCAUCAUACUGAUAGUUCAUAUCGUGCGACACAGAUUCCGCGGACGUCUGUCUCCGUCGGAAGCGUCGUACGCCUCCUACCCGCCUCAGUACUACAAAUGCGUCCCGGCCUACGACACUCCUGUUCAUCAGGGUGAGAAAAUUGUACGCCUGUAAGAUGCUGGGCUUUCCCGAAAUUCGAUAAGACGAAGAAGAGGAAGAAGAAAGAAAACGAAUGGGAGAAAAAAGAAGAGAAGAGUCCUCCAAGUCACUGUUCCUCCACGCGCAGUGGAUGCUGCGAGCCUGGACUGGGCGAUGUGUCCGAAGCUCCGCACUGAGGGCACUGUAAUUGGCAAUGACGUAGAUGCGGUCUCUCGCAAUUAUGGGAUUCAUUAAUUCACGAGCUGAUCCUGAUUUGGAAUUCAAACGGAAAAUCCGGUUAGAUCGUUCAGAUGCCAUUAUUUGCGUUAGAAUUCGUGGGAUAUUCGAUGUACGUGAGGUAGGCAAUAUUAGCGUUUACCCAUGGUACGUCAUUGGGAUAUAUAAAUAUAAUUGAGUAUCCGCGAUAUACAAAUAGCAGAUCGCGAUCGAUAAUCAAUCGAAUUCUUAAAAACGAUCCAUGAUCCCAAUAUUGAAAUUCUUGCGUGUAAUAUACCUUUUUAUACCGUGUCCAGAAAAGUAUAAGAAGCUUCUUUAUAUCCGCUGCUUUAUAGAGUCUGUACAUCAGCAGCAGGGAGAGUAGAGAGAGAGAGAAAGAGAGAGAGAGGGAGAAUUAAGAGAAGAUUAUCAAAUUAUAGUGAGAGAAGCAUCCCGAACAAUUAUAAUCGUAUAAAUAAUUACGAUUAUCAUAUCUACACGAAUUCGAGCACUGUUCUAGACUUGUGGUACCUUAAGGCAUUGUGCGAUUGUUAGAUGUAUCUAUCGCAGUUGAACAAAACUGGAGUACAGUGCAACGACACAAGAAAACGCAGUGUUUUGUGGAAUUCGUAACCAAAUGCUAUAUAUAUAUAUAUAUAUUGCAUAUAAAGAUCAGACGAUAACGGACAAUGGCAGUUAAGUCUGAAUCCCGAUUUUGUGACCCCACUAAAAAUAAAUACCUUGAAUAGGUCCAGUAUUAUUCACGCGUUGCUCUACGUGUUGUGAAUGUGAAUAAAGUUUGUUAAUCGUUGAUAUCAUCAACGGGGGGACGUAUCACACUUAUCAUUAUUUUAAAAUCGUACAAUUCAUAUUUUGCAAUACGCGCGGGCAAGGCUCAAUAAAUAAGAGGUGACGUUUUGAGCAAAGGGAAAAACAAAGAAGAUAAGAGAUACGAGAGAAAAACCUUAAAUUAAUUGAUAUCGCCUAAUUUGUAAAUUAUGACUAGUUAGUCUUACUACUAUAAAUGAGUACAGGUAUAUAUGAUUAUACAUAUGAUAUAUUAUAUAUAUACUAAUGUCCACCCGUAGCCCUUAGCUUAUACCUACCGUAGCACGUACGUAGAAAAGUAAAGUAAAGAAUGAAAGAUGGAGAACACUUUAAAGGUAGUGAUAGUUUCUUUGAUCUCUGGACCAUAAUUGCCGUCUCGCGUGUACUAUUUAAAAAAACAAAAAAAAAAACUUGAACGUCUCUCCGAGUAACGAGAGAAGCCGUUAUUUUUUAAAUCUGUCCUCUCUUGCGUUCUGUUGGAACAAUAGGUGGUCUCGCAAGUUUUUGUCGUUUACAACAAAUGAAAGCCACUCGCGUACCGUCACGACUUGAAAAAUAUUUUCGUUGUAUUAUUUUUAGAGUUGACCUAAGAAUUGGAAUUAUUCCACGUUCUCCCGUUUGUUGCCGCUCGCUUGAUGAUACUAUCAUUUUAAAAAAGUCCAGUACUUCCGUUUUCACCUUUGCCCUUCAAACGAUUUAUACAAAUGCCGUAGGGUAGGACGCGUCCACUUGAUAUCCGUAAAGGUCAAGUGGAAACUCGAUAGAAAUAUAAAUUCGAAUAAUCCUAAAGGGUUUCAACGAACGAGUCAAAAUAUUUGAGCCUGAAGGUUUCUGGAUUAAAGAAAAAAAAAAAAAGAAAUAUCGAAUCAACGAAGGGGAAUCCCCUUCUGAUUGGCACGCGUAACUCGAGUCAUUUACGCCAGGCUCAUUUCAUCCAGGAUUUGCAUGUAGACCUCGCUGACGGCACUAUUCUUACGGAAAAUUACGUCACAGACACGCGAUAACCGUCUGUGUAAAAAAAAAGAAGGAAGCAGAGUAGAAAAGAACGUUUGAAAAUUCAUAUGCGCGAAAGUCGAUGCGCCUUGGUAAACGACAAACGGGGAUUCCCCCAUGUCAUAAGCAGGUAAAUACUUAUCUAAUUGAACGCUUAUAAUGCAAGAAUUGUGUCAUCUGAGACCAGUGACCAGGAUCGCUUUACUGCGUUAUAUUUUUUUACUUUUAUUUGUUUUGCUUAGUUUUAACGGACAACCUCUGGUUCGCUCCUACAAAUAUUUGUACAGUUCUACGUUGCAUAGCGCCACUCCGGUGGCUAUGCUGUCUCGUCUAGAUUUAAGUUUCGCUGGGUCAAUAAGUAUAAAGUGCCGUCUUCGAAGUUUUGAAGGAAACGGCAAGUUCACCUCAUUCACAAGUUCCGCGUUGCUUGGUACGUUAGUAUCGUGAAUAUAUCUUUUUUCUACUUAAUUCUUUUUUUUCGAUUCUUCUUUACUUCCUUACUUCCGCUUCUUUUUCUUUCUUUUAAUUUUAUCCUCUCCCCUCGCGUUUUAUCGCCCCUACCCUCUCAAACCUGGACUCAUUGCUACUAUAUGCUGAUAAGGUUCAAAGGAUGUGUAUAUAUAUAUAUAUAUAUAUCCAUGUCUUGUGAAUAUCCUGGGACUCGAGAUUACUUGGAUACUGCAAUUUUUGUGAUCGAGCAACGCGGAGUCGCGCUCAAAACUUUCUUAAAAUCGGCAUAACGGUACGCGCGGGAGUUGGUAACACUGUUGGAGGAAGUUUUCAAGCUACUCGACGCACGGAGAAAAUCCUCUUGCCGUUUGGAGUAUCUCAAGAUUGCGAAGAAGUAGUCCAAGCCAUUUACGUUAAAGAUUUAGUAUAAUCAUUAAUAACUGUGUUAUUAGACUGUUCCUAUGAUCCGCCUUUUUGUUAGUAUAAUCGAUAGGCUAAUUAAUUAAUUAUUCGUUGCGAGAGACAUGUAAUAUUUAUAUUAAAAAAGAAAAAUCAUUAUACUACACUCGUGUCACGUUCUCGUGUAAAGCUCAAGAGCCAACGACCCAGUUUAUACACGUAACUAUAACGCGCCAUUACCUAGCACAUAUUGGCUAUUACGGCUGUACCAAUUGAAGCGGAAACUUGGAUGAAAGAGAACAAGCGAAAUUAAAAAAAAAAGAAAGGACUGUAAAUACAACGACGAACUCCUUGUCAUACAAUCGAAGCAAUCUUUAUUUGACGCAAAUUAUUGUUUUUGACAUUUAUAUAUUUCUUUUAGAACUUUUUUAUUCCCUCCUAAUCGUUAAAUUCUUUCUAAGGCACAAGCGUUCGCAAGGUCUUGUCAAAUUCAAAUGAAAUGUCAACAACGAAAUAAACGAUUGACCUUCGCAAUCAAAAUGUCUCUGACCGAGACUCCUAUGAGAUUUUUCUCGUGUCGACGAAAUUCUCGCAGAAAUCUUGAAGCUUCACUCAGUUCAGGUGAGUUUAUUUUUGGUUAACAUAUUAAAAAGGUAUAUAUGUAUAUGUAUGUACGUAACGAUAUAUAUGUAUAUAUACGUAGACUGGCAUCGUAAAAUGUUAACCUAUUAAAGCUGUUAGCACCUGUGACGUCACCCAGCCCCUCGUUAAAGCCUCUAACGAUUUCUAUAACGAGAGUAUGUCCCUUUUUACACAUAUUUCAUUUAGAAAUCACACAGUACAUAUUUUCGUUCUAAACUACCGGAUGCGAUGUGUAAAGUAUAUUUGGCGUACAGACGUGGCGCCAUCUAUUAUUUCGUGUCAAGGCUUCGCAUAUUUGUCGAAUCAAUUGUGGCGCGUCUUCCUUAUGUUUUUGAACUUGAGAAUUUAUUAUUUUUUUCGUAUUUAUUUAAAGCACGGUCUUAUAUAUAAGAGCGUGAUUUGAAGGCACGCACGAGUGGAUUAAGAGAUCAAAAUUAAAUGAAUGCCAGAGAGGUGUGAGGAAACUGAAAUAGAGAGAUGAUAAAUAAGAAAGAGAGAACAUAUAUAAAUAUUCUACACAUAUCCGUGUACCUCUAUAUAUAAAUAUAUUACGUAAUUAGAAACACGCAUGUAGAUCGUUGUCCUCUUUAAAUUAACAUAUAUUUUUUCAAUGUGACACCGUACGAAAUGUAAACGACACGAGAUUCUAGAGUUUUAGGAUUAUUUAUAUCUAAUACGUAUAUGAUAACGCGUACCUAUAUAUCUAUACUAUAUUUAUUAUCGAAUAAAGUAUAGGUUAAAUUUCAUACGUGCACACAUUCGAGACAAUAUUUAUUACGGUCAGUUAUACCGAUAAGAUGCUGGAGAUGAUACCAUACACAUACGUAUGUUAAUUCCGUCGUCAGCCAAGGACUCGACUGCCGCUUUCAGGAUACAAAGACAUUCAAUAUGUCAUCGGAAAAUAUUUUAAUUCAUUAAAUAAACGUCAAAUCCUUGACGUGCCCAAAUCGUACGGCGAAGAUUACAUUUAAAAAAUCCGCUAUUGUUAAACUGGAAAUUGUCUUUCUCUUCGACUGUUAUUCAGGCGUCGAUAAAUAAAAAGUCGAUCACUUCAAAAUAUUCUGUUUUACACGGAUUGUAUCUUGAUAAGAGUAUUAAUCGUUUUAUUAAUUAACACAAUCAAAUAAACAAUAAGUGAAUAUGGUUUCUAUGGCUAUUUUAUUCCAAAUUAUUUAAAUAUUCAACGUAUAUUCAGUCCUAUUUGAUUCCAGCUGACUGUUGCCGCCAUGUUUGUUUUCUUUUGUAGUAUCGGUUCGGCACGCAGCGUUACGCACUCCCUUUAUUCUUGUGAGUCCUCAGUAUUAUCGUGAACAUUGACGCGAUCGGAUCUCAGGUUGUUUACGUUUGUGUUGUUGUGUGAAGAUGAAGAGAAUUUUCAAAAUGUCUAUACUUAUAUCGAUUCUGUGUAACUCAAUACUUAAUUCGUAAAUUGUAUCAUUUAAUUAUGAUUUGAAUAACGAUAACAGGUAAUCCUUGUAAAAUUGAUAGUGUAUCUCUGAAAUCGACAGGUCUAAUAAAAAAUCGAUAUGUAUCUAUAUCUUUUUAACUCGAUCGGCAAGCUUAAACGUCAAUCUCUCUCUACGGGAAUGCGUGUCGAUAACUAAUACGUUUAUGCCGUGAAAUUAAUCGGCGUAAUUAAAUUCUUAUCUCAACGCCUUAAAUUAUUGUGUCGUGCAUUGCUGGAAAUGGAUAUUGGAACGUGACAGACUGUUUCAUCAUUUUAUUGGUAUGUAAUAUCAUCCUUUCUUCAAUUAGCAUUAUGCAUAUGUAACAUCAUGCGAUUCCGUUAUGAGGUAAUAACGUAACUCUAACUUAAGCGUACCUUGUUAUUAUCGAUCAUAUCAUCAUGUUUGAAUAUAGGAGUUGUACGUUAAAUAGAAUAAGGCUAAAUAAAAUUUGUUGAUACGUGAA